UCAGUCUCUCUGGGGGAGUGGAGGUGAAGCUUUUUCUGCAGCUGAGUUGAAUGGACUGUGUACAGAGCAAAAGGGAGAUGGACAGCUGUGUGGUUCUCAUUCUUCUGUCCUCUACAGUCACACUCACCACAGCUGGGUUCUAUGGUUCUAUGAGGUUCGUGAAUGGUGACAGUCGCUGUUCUGGGAGAGUGGAGCUGCUUUAUGAAGCCCACUGGAGAACACUGUGCGGAGACCGCUGGCACAUGACUGAUGCUGCAGUGAUCUGUAGAGAGCUGGGCUGUGGAGAUGCUGUAGAUUUACUGGGUGAUUCUCAUUUUGGACCAGGAUCAGGACCAGUGUGGUUAUAUGCAAGGGCCUGUGAUGGAUCAGAGUCUGUGAUAAAACAAUGUGGAGCAAAAAACCUGAAAUCAAUUAAUACCAACUGUGACCAUAAAGAUAUUGGGAUAAUCUGUUCAGAAGUCCGGCUGGUUGGUGGGUCUCGCUGCUCUGGGAGAGUGGAGGUGCUUCAUGGAGAGACCUGGUCCACAGUGUGUGAUGCUGACUUUGAACAGCAGGAUGCAGAGGUUGUGUGUCGA